AUGUCGACGUCUCAAUUGAAUGCUUCUUUAUUGAAGUUAAAGUUAUUGGAUGCUCUCAGAAGUGGAGACACUUCAAAAGUUGAUGGUGUGAUUACCGAACUUUCAUCUACUGAAUCAACCAUUCAAAACUCAGAUAUAAUCCAAUUAAAGGAAACUGUGAUGCAUUAUGCUGUCCAACUUUCCUCCCUUUCAUUAAUCCAACAUCUUGUCACUAAUGCUACCAAAUACCAUAUCGAUAUCAAUUCUCAAGAUGCGGACGGAAACACUCCAUUGCAUUUGGCAGCUAUGUCAUCUCGUUUAGAAGUGGUUAAAUUCUUAUUAUCAUUACCAGAUAUAAACGAUACCAUUGUGAAUUUAAAGAAAAAACAACCAGUGGAAGUAUGUAAAGAUUUGAAUAUAGCUCAAUUGAUGCAAUUCGAAAGAGCCAAAUUUGUUGAAAAAGUUUCAGUUCAACUUAGACAAUAUUUUAGUGAUCGUGAUUUUACAAAUUUAGAAAAGUUAUUAGUUCAAAACCCUCGUGCUGCUGAAUUAUUAGAUAUUAAUGGAGCAGAACCAACAACAGGUAAUACUGUCUUACAUGAAUUCAUUAGAAAAGAUGAUUUGCAAAUGUGUGAUUGGAUUUUAAAACAUGGUGGAGAUCCAUUUAAACGUGAUAAGCGUGGUAAAUUACCUAUUGAUUUAAUUCAUAAUAAGAAUGAUCCAUUGCGUAAAUUAUUAAAAGUGGCUUCUAAAGAUCAAAAUAUAAUGGAUCCAGUUGCAAAUACAAGUAAUGCCAUUAAACAAGGGGCAGCUCCAACUUAUAAAGGUUAUUUAAGAAAAUGGACAAAUUUCGCUAGUGGGUAUAAAUUAAGAUAUUUUAUCCUUGAUCAAUUUGGUAUUUUAUCUUAUUAUACUAAUCAAGAUGAUACUAAUAAUUCAUGUCGUGGAUCUUUAAAUUUGGGAUAUGCAGUUUUACAUUUAGAUUCAUCUGAAAAAUUAAAAUUUGAAAUCAUUGGUAAAAAUGGUAUUAGAUGGCAUUUAAAAGCUAACCACCCUAUUGAAACAAAUAGAUGGGUAUGGACUUUACAAAAUGCAAUCACAAUAGCUAAGGAUAAUAUUAAAAAGAAAGCUGGUGGGGUUGAUGUGAUUGAUGAAGAGUCUGAAAGAGGAAAGAGUUUUGAAGAACAUCCUGAACCAAGAAGAUCAUCAUCAAGACUUAGAAUCCCAAGUAAGAAAUCAAAACAUAAGAGAACAUCAAGUCAAUUAUCGUUAAAUUCCGCAGCUGGCUCUGUAGCAGACGAAGAUAUCAGUUCAUCUAUCCAAACUAGUAGACUGGUUAAUACCACUUUAAAAUCUCCUAAUCCAAAUGCAUUUGCCAGUGAAUCUCCAACUUCUCCAACUUCAAAACGUGUAUUAAGUGGUUUAAAUCAUGAAACAGCAAUGGCAAGAUUAAGUACUGAAGAUCAAUUCAGUAUUCAAGAUUCAGUAGAUGUAGAGAAUUUCGAUUAUGAUUUAGAUGAAGCUGAUGAAGAAUAUGAUAGUGAAAAUGAAUCAAAAACAUCUGAUAAUAUUAUAGGUCCAUUGGCCGAGCAAGUUUCAACCAUAAAGAGAUCGGUUGAUGUGGAAAUCACUUCAUUGAUUGAUUUGUUUGGUCAUAUCAUUGAACUGAAUGUUCAUGCUCCUGAUUCUAGAGAAGCUCAAAGUUAUACCUUAGGAUUAAGUACUUUAAAAUCUAUCAAAGAGCAAUUUUUAAAACUUAAUCUUAUUAUUCAAUCCAGAGAUGAGAAAUUAUUAGCCAAAUUAGAAAGACAAUUAGAAGUCAAUAAAUUAUGGGAAAGUUCGAUAAAACAAUUGGAGAAUGAAAUUCAUCAAAGAGAAGUUAAAUUGGCUCAAUUUGAAGGUCAAAAGAAACAACUUAAAAAAUAUCUUUCCGUCAGUGGUCCAUCAAAACAUUCAGACGUUUCAACUCCGAUUGAUGCUGGUCUCAUUGCCUUACAUAAUGAAGAAAAUCUCGUUCCGGAUGAUGUUCUUGACGAAAUAUUAAAUGAUGAUUCAGGUGAUGAAUUCUUUGAUGCUGAUGAAUUCGAAGAACCUGAAGAAGAAGACAAGGAAGUUCAUGAACCUGUGGCGGAAGAAGAAGAGAUAGCCCCAGAAGGCGAAGAAGAAAAAGAAGAAACUGAAAAAGAAGCUGGUGAGGCCGUUGAAGAAGUACCUGUCGAUGGAACUGCCGCUGUACCUGUUACUGAAGAGAAAGCACCACCUACAUAUGAAAAGGCAUUAUCGCAAUAUAAUAAAGCCCAAGGAAUGGUUUUACAGAAAUUAAGCCAAGAAGGAUCAUUCCUUGGAUAUGAAAACCCACCAAGACAAAAAUUAUCCAUGGAUGAAGAUAAUAGACCAAAGGUUGGUCUAUGGGGUAUUUUAAAAUCAAUGAUCGGAAAAGAUAUGACUAGAAUGACUUUACCUGUAUCAUUCAAUGAACCAACUUCUUUAUUACAAAGAUUAGCUGAAGAUAUUGAAUAUAGUAAUUUACUUAAUAUUGGUGCUAGUUAUGACGAUUCCACAUUACGUUUAAUUUACGUGGCUACAUUUGCUGCUACGGAAUAUGCGUCAACUAUUGAUAGAAUUGCUAAACCAUUUAAUCCAUUAUUAAGAGAAACUUUUGAAUAUUGUCGUCCUGAUGAACAAUAUAGAUUGAUUGUCGAACAAGUCAGUCAUCAUCCUCCUAUCAGUGCUUGUAGUGCUGAAUCUCCUAAAUGGGAUUACUAUGGUGAAAAUGCUGUUGAUUCAAAAUUCAGAGGUAGAUCAUUUGAUUUUAAGCAUUUGGGUAAAAUGUUCUGUGUAUUAAGACCAGAUAAUGGUGUUAUCGAUAAGAAUAAUAAUAAAGUUCAUGAAGAACUUUAUAGUUGGAAAAAGGUUAAUACUUCAGUUGUGGGUAUUAUUAUUGGUAACCCGACUGUUGAUAAUUUCGGGAAAAUGGAAGUGACAAAUCAUACCACUGGGGAUUCUAUUAUCGUUGACUUAAAACAAAGAGGUUGGAGAGCAUCUUCUGCUUAUCAAUUAUCAGGUCAUGCAAUUGAUAGACAUGGUAAACCUCAGUGGGCCAUGGGUGGACAUUGGAAUUCUAAGAUAUUUGCCAAAAAAAUAAUAGACUCCCCAAUACCACUUGGUGAAAGACGUGAUUCUUUAGUUGAUCCUGAUGCAUCAGUUCCUAAAAUUGGCUCAAGUAAUGAUCCAUUUAGUGGCAGUAAAUUCUUAGUGUGGCAAGCUGCUCCUCGUCCAAAGGUUCCGUUUAACUUAACUUCUUUCGCUAUCACUUUGAAUGGGAUUGAUGAUAAUUUAAGAUCGUGGUUAGCCCCUACUGAUACAAGAUUAAGACCUGAUCAAAGAGAUAUGGAAGAUGGUAAAUAUGAUCAAGCUGCUGAUGAAAAGCAUAGAGUUGAAGUUAAACAAAGAGAAGCCAGAAAGAAGAGAGAAGAAAAUAAAGAAACUUACGUACCAAAUUGGUUUGUUAAGAAAGUUCAUCCAGUUACUGGAGAUUCUUUCUGGGAAUUCAAGGGUGAAUAUUGGAAGUUAAGAAAAGAACAUAAAUUAGCAGGAACAGGUGAUAUCUUUUAAGACUUCAACUACAAUAUUUCGAGAGCUGUGUUUAUAAUAUUUAGAACAAUGCU